UUAUCACUUCGCUCCAUGAACCGCACAAGGUCUACAGAUGGUCAAACAGGUGCUGCAGGAUUCACCUGUACAAACUCAGAAUGCACCGCUGCUACAAUCUGCAUUGGCCUUUACCCGACUUUUAGCUGUUUUGCACAGGUGUUUCAGUUAAUUACAUCAAGGCCUUUGGUAUCUGAUUGGUCAAGCCCCAAUCCCGCAGACUGGACGCACCUUGUAGUUUCACAUUGGCAUGCAGAUCACAGACUGAGAGUUACAACCGUUUCCUAUGUCCUGGUCAUAGGUGAGUCACCACUUGGGAAACAAAUUAAAAAUCCUUUUCUGUCAUCUGUUGUAAGAGUCUUCGGGGAUCCUAUAGAUAAGCCACCUUCAGAAAAAAGCACAGCCUCCUGCUGCAGUGCCUCUGGUGACAGCUGGGGGGCGACAAGGAAGCAGACGAUGAUGAUGCUGUUGUGCCCUGCAGACGGAGACAGCGCACAGAAUGAUCAGACAGAGGAAUAUGGCUCUGUGGCGUCCACUCCGGACUCAACACCUCCGUGCAGCGAUGGGGGAAAUGAGGAGUCGGAGAUGUAUGAGCUGCAAACAGCAAGGGAGUGGUCUGACGAGGAGGAAGGGGGAGACGGAGAUCCAGAUGAUGAUGAGGGACUGGCCUCGUCCUCGUCAAUCUGGGGCACACCGCGUCAGAACUCCUUCGAGCUGACUUUCUCUUACAUUGCCAUUGCAGACGCUGAGGCGGUGGGAGCCUCUCGACACCAUCGUGACAGACGCAGGGGCGGCUCUCGGGGAAGUCGCACUCCUUUGAUCCACACAGACACUCUAGAGACACUGUUGGACUCUCCUGACAUAGAAUGGGACCCUGAGGCCUUCCUCAGUCGAGAAGAAGAAGAGGACGCUUUAGGAAGGAGAGAACAGGAGACCGUGGAGCUGAGGAUGGCGAGCACUGCAGGAAGCGGAGAAAGAGAGCAGCAGAGGCACAUUGAGACUAUUACAAUCCAGCCUUCUUCCCAAAACCUGGACCCAGAAACUGAGGGCAGAGAAGCAGGAAUCCAAAGAGAGGAGACUCCCAGACUGUCCCAGUUUGUCCAGCCUCCCUCUCCGCCCUCGGCUUCCCAGCAACAGAGCCCCAUACAAAUACUUCAGGCAGCAGCCUUGCCGACCCCUGAGCCAGAGCCUCUCAUCACUGGGGAGACCAUUUCAGUCAAGCUGCUCACAUCUGUGCAACCCAGAGGUCCUGCGUCUUCGUCGCCAGCUGCUAUUGAUCUAAAUUCUCAGGAACAGCUGGUCAGCGAUCACUGGUUUUCAGCACUUAACCUAUCAGAGGACCUGGCAGCAUGCACCCACAUGGCAGUGAUGGACCUGAUCUACUGGAAGGACAUGGAGCGAACAGGCAUGGUGCUAACAGGGCUGGUGGUGGGCCUGCUGUCCCUGUUCCAGCUCAGCAUCAUCACUGUGGUCUCCACAGUCUCCCUGGCUGUCAUGUGCUUCACCAUAUCAGUACGCAUCUACUACCAAGUCCUCUACAUCCUCAGCUGGGGCGAUGGAGAGCACCCCUUCAAGUCAUAUUUGGACCUGGACAUCAGCUUCAGUGGAGAGCAGGCUGACCUGUACAUGCAGAAAGCCAUCAUCAUGGUUCUAUCUGCUGCUGACACUCUGAAGAGGCUCCUUUUUGUUGGAAACCUUUUUGAUUCCAUCAAGUUGCUGGUUCUGAUGUACUUUGUGACGUACCUGGGAGACCUGUGCGGUGGCCUUACUCUGCUCAUCAUUAGCGUGAUCGCUCUCUUUUCUCUGCCACUUUUCUACAGACGGCGCCAGGAGCAGGUGGACGGCUUCAUUGCAAAAAUCCAGGGCCACGUUAACAACAUCAAGGACUUGAGGGUAGAUAACAUCUGUGCAGUGUUCAAACACCAUCUUAAUCGUAAUCCACCAGCUGUAGGACUACACUCUGAAUAAAUCAGAAUACAUGCUUCAUGUGCAUGCAACACAGUUUUAGCUUCCAGAGACUUGCCCAGGGUGGAGGCCCUCCGCCUGACCCAACUCCUGGUGGGGCCAAACCCAAAUCCCAGUAAACACUGAUGAACAAGAACUUAAAGGAAAAGCUCCCAGAGGUGCAGGCUGUCACUCGGAUGUCUUACUCAGCAGUCUUUGCUCAGAGCUCCAGAGACUGGGAAAGAGAAGUUACUUAAAUGGACCAUAAUGGGCGAUUAUGUAUGGUACUUUAACGACAUCAAAGGCGUCAGUGAUGGAAAGACUCAACAGUGCAGCUCGUCUUGUGUAAAAAUGACUUGAGAAGUGUUUCAGAAGGUGGUGUAGUCCAAGUGAGGCACUAAGACCAGAAACGGGAGCUGACAGUUACACACCUAAGAAAAGGGGAGUUUGUUUUUAAGGGGAUUUAGGGUAGAGGAUGAAAAACAAUGGUCAUCAUUAAUCAUGGCAGCAUAAAACUGGCAAAUAAGAACGCAUGUGUUAGCACAUGUUCCAUUUUCAUGACUGUUUAUGUGUGUGUGUGUGUGUGUGCAAGUAUGUGUGUUUGUGUGUGUAAUUCCUGACACAGCUUGCUGAAAUGUUACCUGUGAGCAAUUAAAGCCACAUUUCUUCUUGGAUUUUCCAAAACUUUUUUUUUUUUUCCAUUCACACAAGCAUUCAUCUCACUUACACCAUCAUUCAGACAUUUCUUUUCCUUUUAUCUUGGCCAUGUUUUCUCAUUGCUUACACUCACUCUGUCCUGCUUUCCCUUAAUCAUUGAUGUAUGUACGGAAAGCUGAUGGAUUUUACUCAGAGAGAAAAGUGAGUUCUGCAACAACGUUAAUACUUGGUAUGUAUCACAAAUGGAAUAAAAUUGCAGGACAAGAAGUUUCUCACUGACAGAGAAUCACAGAUGUCACUGUUGCUCAGUAGUUUUAUGAUUGUGUAGAUGGAUGAGAUUUUAUGGUCCGGCUUCAGAGGAAACUUGUGAAGGAAUGUGGGAGUGAUAUACUGCAGGUGCCUUUCUAGUGUUAUACUGCACUAUAGGUUAUAGUGCAUGAUCUGAUUCACAGUACUUACAGCUGCUGACAGCCACUUACAGCAGCCUGUGAACAUGUACAAUACCUGUGUGAUAGUAAAUGUCUACCAUGACAAAGUAUCUUAAACUGAAUUGUAAGUAGAUACAUUUUAGGAAUAAUAAAUUUAUUCAGGAUAGUCUGCAGCUCAAGUCCACAUUUCCCUUUAGCAGUUGCUUUUAAAGCAAACCUUGUCUGUUCCUAUGCCUUAUUAAUGCAUAAUCUCCUCAUGUCCUGCAGUGAAAAGCCUUGUGAUGUUAACAGACAUGAUCCAUCUACACCAGCUGUACACACACUGGCCUCCUGUAGCAAUUGUCUGUGCUGAUACAAAUGUUUUUGUCUUGGACUUGCUUCCAAGAGGAAGUUCAGUGAAGUGAAUGGAGAUUGCAACCAAAUUAAAGUGACUAAUUUUCUUAUCUAUCUGCACAGCAUGACACAUUCAAAAAGGUUCAUUUCCCUUUGAUCUGUCCUGUCCAAUUAUAUUUAAACAAAUCUGCUGUUAAUCUUGUCAAACUCAUUAUUUUCAAAUGCUUGGCUCUUUAUAUUUGCUGUGUGAAUGAAAGAUACAUCCAAACAGGAAGGUAACUUUUAGGUCAUUUAAAAUCAGUCCACAUAAACCUCAUUAUACAUGAUAGCAGUACACUGAUUAUUUUGUAUUCUUCAAAAUAACUUUUAACAUAAAAAAUAAGCACUCUGAAAAGCUAUCACAGUCAUAUUGUGAUUUCUUAGAUAGUUAGUACUCACCAACAUCAAUAUCUUGUCUCAGUAAUUUCAUUUUUAAUAUAUUACAGACAGGAGUGAAAAAGACAAAUGAAAGACCUUAUUGUAUUUGACCAUAUCUAUAUUAUUGCCAUAAUGUCCACAUUAACUGUGUUUGAGUAAAGGCUGUAAUGUGAUCUCCAAAUUUUGACAAAAUAUAUUCUAAAUUGGCUGUUUUUGAUCCCCAUAAAUGCUGCAUGUAUGGGUUCAGAUAAGCCACUGGGACAUAAUGGUAAUAACAGGGCUCCUGCCAAAUAAUAUUUAGGUGGCAGGUCAAAAAAUAUCCUGCAGUUUUUGUCAUAAUAUAAAAAGUAAAGUGAUUAACUUGUGAUAGGAACAGGUCAUCCAAUUUUAUAUUGAGCCAAAAAAGUAAUAAAAAUACAUUUCUGCUGUUAAACAUGUUAAACAGAUCAUUUUGAGUGCAAAACAGGAGGGCAAAUAGUGUUUACUCGUGUUUUAAUUUAAAGAAAAGAUGAUGCCUCACUUGUACUAGAAGCAAGUCAUGUCGGUUUACUCUGUAUUCUUGCUUCACCAGAAGGGGGCAACAAGAGUCAAGACAAACUUCCAUCCCACUUUCCAGGUGUAAUGUAUCUGACCACUUGGAAAUGAGAAACAAGAUUAUCUCAUCAGCUGGACUUUUUAGAAUUGUACCCAGUCACAAUAAAAACUCAUUUUGAA